ACCGCUUGUUCGCGCCUUUUUUCCCCAGCACAUUUUGCGACCAAAUUUUUACGCCGGAAAACUCGGAUAAAAUGGUUUUAAACGCCUGAAUUGCAAACUGGAAAGUUGGAAUCCAUUGGGGCCGCAGUCCCGUUAGCCAGAGGAGCGUGACCAACGCGACAAAAUCGCGAUCGCGGCAGUGUGUGUGCGUGUGCGGGAGUGUAACAAAUACGACAAAACGAAAAUCGCUGCGAAGGUAGAUCUCAUUAUUAUUGUAUUGUUGUCUUUUGCUUUUCGCCCCCGAUCUUCUGUUGCGAUCUUAUGAGUUUGGCUUCCGUAUAAUCUGUAGUUGUAUCAACCGCUUAAGUACUUAGAUUUCACAAAAGAAAACUACACCAUACACACACACACGCACACACUCAGCAAUAUGCAUUGAAACAAAAAACAAAAUUAAACCAGAAGAAGAGAUCCAAGAAAAUGACCGAUGUAAAAAAUUGUCUUACAAGUGAGCACAUUGCAACUACAGCACCAGCGAGUCCACCGGGAACUCCAACCAGAAAUGCUAACAAGGAUCUCGUGGAGCCCACAUCCCCAUUCGUCUUGAGAGCACCGCCCAGCGCCAAAUCCAAACUGAUCCUCCAGAACAUGGAGGAGGUGCUCCACUCGGUAAAGCAGAAGCACCGGGAGAAGCACAAGCGGAAGAGGGAGGAGAAGCGACGGGCAGCCCUCCUGGAGGACCAGAAGAAGCCCUCCAAGGAGGCCAAGCCGGACAAGGAGAAGCCACAGCCACUGCGAGAGAAAUCCUCCCAAGAAAAUGGCCUCAAGAACGGAGGACGCCGGCGUUCCAGUCCGCUGAAAUCCAGCACUCCGGUGGCCGAGAACCAGAGCAUCCUGAAGCACUUCGCCAAGGCGGGCAAGCCGGAGAAUGUGGCUGCAUCUCCGGGGUCCAUCGCCAAACCCAAGCCAGCCACCAAUGUCUUUGAGUUCAUGAUGAAUGCCAGGAAUCGGUCUAUAGGGGCCAACGAUGGUGGCGCCGAAUCCCCUGGAGAUCAAGAGGCGGCUACUGAGGCAGCCACGCCAACGACCAAGCGGAAACAGUUCCUCCAGGAAUGGAACGAACGCAAGGGUGGAGCCAAGAGAAGACUGGCGGACGAGUCCCGCGGGGAGUUCAUCGAACUGCAGAUGGAGCAAAGGGCUAAGAGAUUGAGGAAGAUGCUGACCAAGACUGAGCAAAAGGAGGUAACGGCUCCAUCCUCAGCGCCCACCGAGCCAACAGUCAAGCGUCUAAGAGGUAGGGCGCGAUCUCGACGCCUCAGUUCCGUGGAUGCGCCGGUCAGCGUGGAAGCCAAGCCGCAAGAUCCCGAAACCGAGGAGUUCCUAUCGAAGCUUUCUUCGCCAACAAAAAAACGUGACAGCCUGCUGGGCUACUUUGCCAAGGUGGAAUCGCCCAAAGAGGUGGCCGAAAAGCUAACCAUUGCAAUAGAAACUCCUCCCAUGGAGACGCCCAAGCGAAGAACACAACGCAGGAAGAGCCAGCAGGAGACACCCAUUAUAGAAACAGGUUCGACGCCAUCGUCAAGACCGCGACGCUCGUGUGCGGGAAAGGCGCGCUACGAUUAUGACCUGGAAACGAGUCCUGUUAAGCCACAAAAGGCCAAGGCCCAAAAGCCAGAUGAAUCCAUAGAGAUUAUUGAUCUGGACAGCAGUAAUCCAGCAACCACGCCAAAGAAACUAGCGCCGCUAUUUGUACGUCAGUUGCCAAAGCCCAGUCCGGAUCCUUCGGUUCUGAAAGCUCGUCAGGCUUUUCUGCAAUCUGGAGUGCCAGAUAAAAUUCGUCAGGAGCAGAGCCGUCAAAAGACCUACGAGCAGUUGUACGAGGAGAGCUAUGAGGUGUUUCCCAGAGUGGCGCACAUAGGUUGUGAAGGCUUCGCAUCUAAACAUGUUCCCCUGGAGCUACCCUUUGCUUUGAGGGCAGAAGAGGAAUAUGUGGAGGUUACGACAACCUUAGCUCCCAGUAAACGGCGUUCCAAGACGAGUGGCAUGACCAGUUGCCUGCCUGCGGACUUUACAGCCAAUAAAAUUAGUAACAAAUUCAACUACGCUACUUUACCGCAGCUGGAGAACAAGCGAGGUUUUGUAAAGCUCUGGAAAAACGACUUUGAUCGCUUUCCCACCUUCAAGUGCUAUAAUCAAAUGAGGGAAAAGUAUCGCCACUUUAGCGCCAUUGACAGUGCGCAGGAUACGCAGCAAAUGGGUGAAUCCUUGGUGGUUACCCGGCGCACCCGACGUUCUAUGGAGCAGCCUUUGGCGCAGAACGAUGAGGAGGCGAAGCCACCAUCUUCGGCUCCCAAUGGCGAGCUACUCUUCACCGAAAAGUACAAACCGCUGCUGUUCGAGCAGGUUCUAGUGAAUCUAACGCCAGUGCAGGAGCUCAGGGAGUUUUUGUCCAGCUGGAGUGGCAAUGGUGGCAGCAAUCGCAACUCGCAGGGCAUGGACGACACCUUCGAUAUGAGCAACGAUUCGGCCUCGAUGGGAUCAGCUAGCAACACAAUGGUGCUCGUGGGACCAUCAUCCAGUGGAAAAACCAAUGCAGUUUUUACGUUAGCAAACGACAUGAACUUCAAUGUCUUGGAGAUCAAUGCAGGCAUGAAGCGAACGGGCAAGAAGUUAAUCCAGGAACUCCAAGAGGCCACACAGUCGCAUCAGAUAAGGAAAGACAGCAAAGCGGGCGGCGGAUCCUCACAGCAGCUGCUCCAAAAAUUGCAAAAAAGUGGCUUCAAGGCGAAAGCAGCCGCCCUAGAACCUCCAUCCGAAGUCCGCAAAUCCCUAAUUCUAAUAGAAGAUGCCGAUAUCCUUUUCGAGAACAUGGAUGCUGGUUUUACCGAUGCCAUUUACACGCUGGCCGCCAGUUCAAAGAGGCCGGUAAUUGUGGUGGCCACGGAUCCAAACUGCGCGCAUCUGCAGCGUCUGAUGCAGCAGAACAGCAUCCAUUUCCAGGCCCCGAAUGCGUUGAACAUCUCCCGAUUCCUCGCUGUUCUAUCGCUCAUGGAAAACUGCCCCAUCGAACUGGACGAGUUGAUAUCACUGUAUCUGUACAAUCAGCAGAAUCUGCGCAAGACGUUGAUGGAACUGCAAUUCUACAUUCAAAGUGGUGGAGAUCCAAGUGGGAGUAGACCGGCUGGCAUCAAAUCGCCCACAAAAUCCUCAAAUAGCCGGCUGGCCACAGUCGAUGGCAGUCGCAUCCAUCAGCGACUUUUUGAGUUCUUCACAAGCCCGCAAAAUGUACAGCAUCGAAUACCCUUUCCCGUGAACUUUAGACUACUGCGUUUGAAUCUCACCGAGCUAAUUUCCAAUUCUCCGCUGCUGAAGGAGCAGCAGCCACCAGGUGGAGGAAGUAGAAACGCUGCCAAGCGAAAGUCCCGCUCACCAAAGAAAGCCUGGCUGAGCAGCGCCACUGGACAGAAGAACGAUGGCCAUAGUUCACCUCUAGCCAAGCUGGCCUCCUUCUACGACAACAUGUCGGUGGCUGCUCUGAUGGACUCCGAUUGCAGCGAUCGCUUGCAGUGGCACCAGUCCGAGGACAUCGCGCACCUGCUGGUGGAGCAGGCUCUCCAAACUGGACUUGCGGCCAAGGCGUGUCCCUACAACCUGUUCGACAAGCAGACUCAGAGGUCAACCAUUUGCGAGCACCUGGGCAAUGCACUUAUACGUUCCACCUCUGCCAAAUCACUGGACUUUGAGCCCACGCUGCGUUCCAUAUGCCGCAGUGAGAAGGAGCGGGCUGGACAGGAACGGAAGUCGAGUAGAUUCUAUCACUAUCUGCGCAACUACACGGUGAACGUGACCAAUUUCGCGAUGGAGCAUUUCGAUGCGGCGUGCACUGCGUUCCAGGACAAUCCCAGCAGUGAUGCACACGCGGAGGCCGAGCAAAGGGAUUAACUGUCGGUCGGACUUAGUUUAAUUAUUUGAAUUUGGUGGAGCUGCUCCAUCGAAUUUGUUUGCAAUUUAUUCAGAUCGAGGUAAGCAGAGUUGAUCUUUUUAGGAUAGUUUUGUGUGGACAACGAUGAUGCGUAGCUAUACAUGAGAUGAGUCUAGAUCUAGAUACAAGUAAUUUACACUAAACUAAAUACGACCUGAGCCUAUGUUAAUAAAUCAAUUAAAUGACAUGUAAA